ACUAUAUUUUGUACAGAGAUUUCAAUCUGUUCUCUUAUAUAUUUAACUGUUGCUUAUUCAUAUGGAUUUGCUGUCCUAAGAGCAUUAGGUCCGUACUCUAGAGAAGUUAUUUAACUUAGUUCAUUUUUAUCAUAUUUAACGACGCUGUUUCAACUCCAGAAAUUAUACAGCGUUGAUAAUGAGAGGAAGCUGUCCGCCUGUCCGGGAGAUGACUGCAUCUCGUGGGUAACGUCGAGCCAUGGCUGGUCUACUGCGUCUUGUUCUUCUAGCGAUGCACUUCACAGCUCUGCAGUUGCAGAGGGUGGAGUACAACCCUGACACGCAUCUCUCGACACCGCAGCUGAUCACCAAGUAUGGCUACAGUGCGGAGACUCACACAGUGCUGACUGCUGACGGCUACUUCCUCACCCUGCACCGCAUCCCCCGCGGUCGCGACGGUGAGGCGCCCUACAAAGGAUGUGUCAUUGUGCAGCACGGCGUCCUGAGCAGCUCGGCAGACUGGGUCAUCACCGGGCCGGACAAGGCUCUCGGUUAUGUACUGGCAGAUGCGGGUUACGACGUGUGGCUGGGGAAUGCACGGGGCAACACCUAUUCCAGGAGGCAUGCCAAAUUCACUAGCAAGGGGAAAAAAUUCUGGGACUUCAGUUGGCAUGAAAUGGGGGUCUAUGACUUGCCUGCAGUGGUGGACUACAUUCUGAACAAGACGGGUGAGAACAAGCUGUACUAUAUUGGCCACUCCAUGGGCACCACAAUGUUCUACGUCCUCCUGUCAGAGCGGCCACAGUACAACAGCAAGUUCCGCGCCAUGUUCAGCCUUGCUCCUGUGGCCUUCACAUCACAUAUAACAAAUCCAUUGCGGGACUUCGUCCUGGCUGGAGGAUUCGACGCAGUCUAUAGAACCAUGAGGAAUAUUGGCAUGUUCAGCAUCCUGCCAAAUUCAGAUGUUUCUAUCGAGAUUGGCCGCCAAUUAUGCAGGGACACAGCCUUCGCCAACACCAUCUGUGGGAACAUCCUGCUCGCAUUUGGUGGGUUCGGCAGUGCACAGCUAAACACGUCUGUAAUACCAACCAUCCUGGGCCACACUCCUGCCGGAGCUUCAGUCAAAACAUUUCUGCACUAUGCGCAGUUGAUUAAGUCAGAGAGGUUCUGCCAGUUUGAUUUCGGACCAUACGAGAACAGCCGACUCUAUGGCAAAGAGACUCCCCCCGCCUACAAACUGGACAAUUUGAAGGCGCCCAUUUCUCUGCACUACAGUGACCAUGACUCCCUUUCUUCCCAUACGGAUAUCAUGAAGUUAUUCAAACAACUCCCAAAUCCUGUUGGCGCCUUCAGGGUGCCACUAAAGCAAUUUAACCACCUGGACUUCUUGUGGGGGAAGGAUGCUAAGACCUUGGUUUAUGACCACAUUCUUGAACUUAUGAGCAAAUACUGACAAAGCGAAUUUGGUUCUGGUUGAGCAGUUCUACAGAAUGCAUAUGGGUAAUGGGAACAGCAAUCAACUGGCAGGAACCACAAAGCCAUUCUGGGGUUGUCACCCUCAAUGUUGUGACACAGACUUUCUGUACAACUUAACACAGGUUGAAUUUGGAAAACUGACAGAUUCUGAAAAACUGCCUACACAACUGUUGGGUUAACAAAUGAGCUCAAGAAUUUUAUAUCUUAACAAAGAAAAAAAAUGAGGUUAUCACAGCUGUGACUAUGAAAAGUACUAUCUUCUGGGAUGUGAUGCUAUGCAGACAAGUAUAAGUUCACCAAUGUUACGGAAGAACAUAUUACCUCAAUCUUUGGGGUUGAAAAGUAUGCCGAUAUGGAAGUGAGUGAGAAACAAACAGCAAGCAGAUUGCUGCUUUCUAGCUUGGCUUACAUAUUUUAGAUUUUUCUUUGAGCCUGAAGAUGGAAGCAGCAUAUUCCUCUGAAAGAUCAAACUUCCCCCUUUCAAUAUGACGUCACAUCCCAGAAGACAAUAAACCCUUAUUAUUAUGCAGUAGUGGGAGGGGGGGACAGUGUGCAUUAUCACCUAUGUCCACUAUAACCGUGGAAUUCAUGGAAUUACACCUCAGGAUAUAUAGCCAAUAUACACACUAAACACAGAAACACAGUGUGAUUACAUAAAGGUUUUUACACUGGAGUUCUUUCUAACCACAAAACCAAAAAUCCUCUUGAGUUGAAGCUGCUAAUGCAUAGUCUCUUGCCCUGUCAGAUACUGUCCAUUACAUCUGGGUCUGUGAUAAGGAGGGUUUACUGCACUUUUAAUACAUUAUACUUCACAUAACUGAACAACAAAUCAGUUUAUUGAAAUAAAAAAUGAUGUUACAUAGAAA